UCAAAGCUUGCGAAUUGCUUCCGCGCUGAAGAUGGUCGUGAAGCGCUCAGGAGGCUCAAGCUGGUCCGUGGUAAGGUUGAUGAGACCGAUGUCUGUGAGCAUCCUGAGCGAGGAGGUAGAGAAGGUCUCGUCAUAAUCAUUGAAGUCGCCCAAGACAACUAUCUUGGCGUGAGGGUCCGCAGCGAGAAUUCUCUUGACGAAGUCGGCAUUGACGGCAGCUUGGGCAUCACGCUUCUUUUGGCCACUGAUGCAAAGGGGCUGUACCGAACCGAAGAGAGCACAGCUGCCGAGGCGAGAAAUAAAGUGAUUGACGAUGACGAAGACGGUCUCUCCCUUGAAUCGGAAUUCACCCGCCAAGGGCUUGCGUGACUUCUGGAAGGCAUCGUUGGUCGGGUCAAUCCUACCGGGGCUCAACGUGAGCUGGAUUGUGCCCCCUCUUCUGACCACAUCAGUGCUGUCCUCAGGACCGGCUCUGCCGCGAUCGACGAAGGUCACUCGAUCGGGGUUUAACAGAAAUGCGACUCGAAUGUUGCCACCAUCCUGACCUCCGUCCUGGUCGUUCAAUGGGUCGAUCUCGCGCCAACCGUAUCUAGGUCCUCUUGCCUCAGCGAUGGCCUCGACCAGUGCCUUGAGAGUUUCAUCGGCUGACACCGUGCCAUCGUCGAUAGACCCACUGUUGUCCUGCACCUCUUGCAAGCCGAUGAUGUCUGGUGCUUGUAGGCUAUAUGCAAUGACGCGGCCGAACUUCGUCAGCUGGGACCUAUCAGAAGGGUCGAGGUUCAACACGUUGACGGUUGCCACCUGAAUGAGUGGUAAGCACAUCAGAAAGUCGAUCUCCGUAUGCAUCGACAUUCAGUACAUGUCUCCAUUUAACUCACCGUCAGAGCAUCAGCCGUCCCUCUGAGGGUCGUCGUUAGUUUUGGUUGGAAAGUGGACGGGGUGAUAACGGAAGGAGCCUCGGCAGGCAAGACCUCAUAGUUGCCAUAGUCAUACGACAGUACACCAAUCAUGUCGCCGAGCUUGUCACCUAAGAGAGAGGCAGAAACACCAUGAAAGGGAGACACGAUCAACGUAUGUCGCCCUCUCUUCAUUCGAGCCCCCCCUCAAGCAAGAGUAUCGGGUCUGCUUACCCAUUUUCGGGUCCGGAAAAUACGACCCACCGAGUCUGGAGAUGCCGUCGUCAAUCUGCAUAUGCUCGGGGUUGAAGUCGCCAUCGCUGAUAGUGAUGCCACCGAUCGAGUUAAUGAAGGUAGCCUCUCGGCCACCAUCAACAACUCCCAAAUCUCUCCGUAGCGGGUUUUGGGACCCACGACGUGAAAGUCCUUGAGCUCGACACGCAUACCCGAAUGACAGAGGGAAGGGGAGAGGAAAGGAAGAAAGAGGCAUUGUUAUCCAUGAACUCUGGACAAACAUGUAAUAUCAGUACAUGCAUGUACACAUUCAUUUAUGAGUAUAUGGAUGUACACAUACAUGCAUGCAUACAUACGCGUUUACGUACGAUACUAUCCCAGCGCUCCCGCCCACCAUUCCUGCAUACCUUCGAGCUUCUCGUAGAAGUCGAUGCCGUCUGGGUCAAUCUUGUCACUCGGAGGUCUGCCCAUGACCACAGGCUUCGGGAGAUCAUUCCCCAUGCUGACUACCUCAGGCUGGCCGGCAGGAAGCAGCUGCGUCCGAGACAAAUCCCCCGAGCUCCUCACGUCCUCUUGGACCCUCGCCCGCAGACGGACUUCAUCGCCCACCUCCAGCCCCUCGAGGAACCCAUCGAGGAAGACAAAGAUGCCGUCUGACGUCUCACUCCUGCCGUCUCCCUCCGGGUCUUGCAUGUAGAACCCAUCGCGAGCCAGGGACGUGACGAUUCUCGUCGUCUCGACACGCAUCCCUUCCAGCGUAGACUUCCGGCCGGACCCCUGGAUAUCAUAGAUCUUCUUCUCCAAGAUGUCGACCUCUCCGAAAGAUUGGCCCACAUUGACUCUUCCGGGGCUCUCAUCAGCUGGCCCUGCCCACAUGAAGUCACUGGCCUCUCGUCCGAUGCCGAUCAGCUGGAGAGACUGACCGACAGGCGUCGUACCAGAUUCUGAAACUCUGAUGGCGGUGCUUGUCAUGCCUUCAGCAGGUCCGUCCAGUGCCUCAAAGCUGCGUCCUCCAUAACUCACAAACUGCUCCACAUCUCCGUGAGAAUUGACGAGCGCCAGACCGUCCGGUCCAUUUUGAAGGCCAACCCCCUUAAACGCACGCACGCCAAAGCCGUUCAAUUGGUCGGGAAGGACUUCAUCGAGCUCAAUUGUAUCGUAGACCUGCCCAUCGCGUCCGUUGUACAGCUUCACUGUCCAGCCAGCGAGAUUGGUGCCAGCAAGGCCAGCGAUCUCGACAAAUUCACCCACGUCGACGCAUUUAUUAUCGUAAUGCACCUCAUUGAUGAAGACGGACUGUCCGGCACAGGGCGGGACGCAAGACACGAGCACAACAGCGACGGCGAGGGCGAGAUUAAGCAUCAU